CACAAAACAACAUCUUAACAAAUAACCUGACCCAACCAACCACAUACAAACGCCUGACGCUAAGCGACCAACCCCCAACCGCCUCAAGAACACCCCCCCUCCCCAAAAAAAUGCCCGCCCUCCCCCCCACCCCCGAAACAACAGCCCAGUUCACCACCGACCUGCGCGACCGCCACCUAAUCUACGACUACGCGGCGCAGGACGCCGCGGGCAACCCCGAGAAAUGGCGCUACGAGAUGUGGUUCUACAACGAGGACCGGAUCGUCUACGCCAUCCACGGCGGGCCCAUGGCCGGGCGCCGCAACUACCAGACCGCCAGCUACCAGUGCAUCCGGCCGGGGGAGCUGUGGCAGUGCAACUGGCUCGAGGAGACGGGCACCAUCUGCUCGCUGGUGUUCGACAUCCCCCGCCGCAAAAUCACGACGCUGAUCGCGUUCUCCAAGGGGCACUGGGAGCGGAAUCACGAUGCCAAGGGGGAUAAGCGCAACCCCGAGGACUUUCAGCGCUGGCGGGGGCUGGCGCGGGUCGGGUGUCAGACGGAUCGGAUGCUGCUUAGUGAGCAGGCGGAUAUUCUGGAGGAUUUUCGCGGGCCCGGCGAGUUGGAGGGGAUUGAGAUGGAGUGGCCUACUUUGUAG